UAUUCUGUCAUCUACCGCCGCGGGGAUAUAUAGUAAUGGUUAUCGUUUUAUUAAAUGAGUUUCCAAGACAUUCGUGCGGGAAAGAGAACAUACCUCGCUCCCCGGUCCGACAGUCAGCUUACGUCGGUAGCAUCAAUAUUCGAGGUAUUCCUUCAAAACCCGGUGGCGAUCGCGUCCCAGUUUCCUGCCUUGAUCGGAGGCCGUUUCCAAUUCUCAUUCGUGUCUCUCAACGUAGCUAUCGUCCGCUAUGUACGAGAUAAGGCAAGAAAAGGAACUGGGUCUCGAUAACGUCGUCUUUCAAAUAGACGAGCCCCACGUCAGGAAUGGCGGGACAAGGUAUUGCCCUGGAAACUCGACGAGCGUCUUGGACGUGCAGGUCAUCGAACCGGAAAAGGAACGCGCGACAUGGAACAACAGCGUGGAAUUCCUUAUGUCAUGUAUCGCCGUGUCGGUCGGUUUCGGUAAUAUCUGGCGAUUCCCAUUUACGGCUUACGAGAACGGCGGCGGCGCCUUCCUUAUUCCGUACGUGAUUCUGCUCUUUCUGGUGGGAAAGCCGUUUUAUUUUUUGGAGAUGAUCAUCGGACAGUUCUCUGGCAAUUCAUCCGUCAAAGUCUGGAGCUUGUCGCCGGCUUUCAUCGGAGUCGGAUGGGCGCAAUUUUGCUCGACCGUCGCAUUGGCAACCUACUACAGUUCGCUGAUGGCGUUGACACUUUAUUAUCUGGUCGCAUCCUUUUCUACCGAAUUACCUUGGGCUACUUGUCUGAAGGAAUGGGGUGACACAUGUGUUGAUUCGAGCUCCAAGAGAAACUACAGCGCGGAAGAAAAUAUUGACGUUCUUUAUAAUUUCUUAAACGGCAGCGGUAAACUUCAAAGUUCGGCUGAACUGUACUUUUCACGAACGGUUUUGCACGAGAAGGAGAACAUCGAUGACGGGAUCGGAUGGCCGGAUUGGAAACUAACACUUUGCCUUCUCGGUAGCUGGGCGGCGGUCUGCAUGGUACUUUUUCAAGGUGUAAAAAGCUCCGGAAGAUUCUCUUAUUUUUUAGCUAUUUUUCCGUAUCUCAUACUGAUCUCGCUGUUGGUUCGCGCGGUUACUCUGGAUGGCUCGCUCAACGGAAUUUUGUACUUUAUUACUCCAAAAUGGUCGAAACUUCUGGAGCCGACUGUUUGGUAUGCCGCCGUAACCCAAUGCUUCUUUUCACUCUCCGUCUGUUUCGGCAGCAUUAUCACAUACUCUUCACAUAAUGGUUUUAAACAUAAUAUUUACAGAGAUGUCAUAAUAAUUACUUCGUUGGACACGGUUACGAGCAUGUUGGCCGGUUGUACGAUAUUCGGGAUUCUCGGUAAUUUAGCGUACGAGUUAGGUGUAGAAGAUAUAUCCAAAGUAGUCAGAGGCGGAGCUGGUCUGGCGUUCGUGUCUUAUCCCGAUGCGAUAGCAAAGUUUAGCGUUCUACCGCAGUUAUUUGCCGUGCUCUUUUUCGUAAUGAUGUUUGUCCUUGGUGUCGGCAGCUCAGUGGGAAUGACUACGGGAAUUAUCACAGUAAUAAAUGAGCAGUUCCCCAAGCUAAAAACUUGGCAAAUUGUAGUCCCAACCUGUUUGUUUUGUUUCUUAAUCGGCACUGUCUACGUAACACCGGGCGGACAAUUUAUUUUAACUCUAGUAGAUUAUUAUGGUGCGUCAUUUGUUGUUUUCAUUUUGGCAUCUUUUGAGAUGGCGGGAGUGAUAUGGAUUUAUGGUUUGGAGAACUUUUUGGAUGACUUUGAAUUUAUGCUGGACCGAAAACCGAGUGUUUAUUGGAGGAUAUGUUGGUUUAUGGUGACACCGUCAAUAUUAAUAAUAAUUUUCAUUUAUACCGUGGCUACCUUAUCACCUUUGACCUAUAGUGGAACACCGUUGCCACAAUACGCGCAAGGUAUCGGAUGGACGAUACUCUGCAUCGGUGUUCUUCAAAUACCGCUGUGGAUGUUCAUUGCGGUGUUGAAGAAUCGGGAAUUGCCAUUCGCACAGAUGUUAAGAAAAGCUUUUGCACCCGCGAGUGGAUGGGGUCCACGAGAAGUACAGCAACGCAAGAAUUGGAUUAUCUUUAAAGAGCAGAGAGCGAGAGACCGAGCGAAAAGAAUUCAACCGAUCUGGAAGCAAAUAUUCUACGUUCUCUUAAACAUGGAACCAAUAUAGAACAUGCGAGUUCUUAUCAACUCGAGAUAUUUUAAAGUUGUUUGAAGUUUUACAGCCGUUUCUACCGCGGCGGGAUCCGCGGCAAAAUCAUAAGAUAAGUUAACGAAUAUAUAUAAUUAUUUGUUUUUUAAUCCCUUAACUGCAUAAGAAUGUUUGGGAAGUUAUUUUGUUCUUUUAUUAUUUAACGUAAUAUACAACUUGAAAAAAUAGCCAGCUAAAUAGUUGCAAUUUGUUUAAAUUAAAAUAAAUGGUAUGAAAAAAUUAUCAAUCCAUACUGCAGUUAAGAGAUUUAUAGUUUUGUGUUUAAAGUCUAGCUCUCGCUAAAUUUUAAGCACAAAUUUCUUAAUUCC